AUAAAAUACAAAUUAAAUAUUUAAUUUUUAAGAACAUGGUCUCCACUAAAAUAUUUAAUAACAUCUUGUACUUUUGAAAGGAAAUACUUUUUAUGGAAUAAAAAGGGAAUACUAUAAAUAAAGGUAUAUAAAAGGCAUAUUUGAUAAUCACAUGAAUGGAAAUAAAAUAAAAUAAAAGAUUUUCCCUUCCCCUUGAAUUAAAAUGCACACUAACAUUUUUUUAUAGAUGUACGCUACCAUUUUAUUUCUCUAAAUUCAUGACUACAACUAUAGAAACCAUAAAUGGGUUGAAAAUCAUGUAAAAAAUCUACCUUCUUUCCUUUCCAGACUGCCAAGUAGAGCCCAAUUAUCUCAGCAUCCUAUUACUAUAUUCUUUUAUCGAAUAAAAUGAAGGUUUUAGGUAGCGUUUUGAUAUAGCAAAUGCAGAGACGCUAUAACACUGUCUACCGGUCACGAAACGAAUAAAGACCACUGCAGUGCUUGACUUGGAGUGGACUCUCUUCCUAUGAAACGCGACCUGCUUCAGAGUGUGCCCCUUCUUUUCCUUCUGCGACAUGAAUGAUCGGCUCUCUCCUUGAUUUGGAUAACUAACAAGCUUUCUCCUUUCAUCGUCUUCCCUGCUCAAUCGCUAAUGUCUCAGCCCAGAGUCUUCAUCACGUUGGGGCGCACUGGUCAGGUGGUAGAGAGAGGCGGAACAGCGUCAAACUCUAGAGAAGCACCUUGUGAUGCUUGGCCGCGGUCUGGAAGCAAACGAUCUCUAGGGAAUGGAUUAAGAAUAUAUCCUCAUCUUUCGUCUGUCUCGAGGAAAAGGCAGCGAGGAGAUGGCACAUAUUGGGGUGCUCCCGAGAACAGAGGAAACGAAAUGGGGCUGAGUGCAAACGACCUCAGAUUGAAACUAAUGCGCCGAAGGUCGAAGCAUCUUCAAAUACAAGAACGCCGAAACAUAGGCCACAUGAAUCAAAAUAUAGUCAAAUCAGCACUACCAUCAGCAAGUAAUAGCAAGUUCCAGCCAAUGCCUGAGGCAAAAGAAAGUUUCCAUCUAAGGCAAAUAUCCUACACAAAAAAUGCUGAUCACAUGCAUGUGGGGAAUUCAGUGCAGAAACUUAACACUUCUUUUAGGAUUUUAAAUGAGGCCGGAGCUAGACCUUCAGGCAUCCGGUUAAAUUCGUCUGGGGCUGUGACUUCAUUGACAAAUUAUGAUGGCCCGCAACGGUUUUCACCCAAAAGUGCAACUCGUGUUUUUCAUUCUUCAAUGCCCAUCAGGUUCACACCUACCACAUUCAAAGGCACAGUUGAUGAGAAUGCCAAACCAGUUCGACAACUUGCACAGAUGAAUGGCAUUGGGGAGAAAAACUCACAAGGGGGAGUACCUCUUACUGUUUCUGGUCUCUUGCAUUCACUUGGACUGGAAAAGUAUGAGAUCGCUUUCCGUGCUGAAGAAGUAGAUAUGACAGUGUUGAAGCAAAUGGGAGACAAAGACCUCAAAGACUUGGGGAUACCAAUGGGACCAAGGAAGAAGAUUCUUCUGUCUCUGGCCCCGUUUAAAACAGCAAGCUCCGCGAGAUGGCAACGUGAAAUAGCUGCGACAUAGACGAGACUGCAGAGCAUUUCCCUGUAUCUCUCAACUGCCUGUUUGGCUAGUUCGCCGGGUGUAAAUUGACGAUGAAUAAUGCUUUGUCUGUUACGAGUUGAGGUCGAUGGACAUCAAUAUCCAAUAUCUAGGAAAGAUUGCCGUGCAACAGCAUAAUUAUCUUUAAAAAGUAUCAUAUGUAAUCAUUCUGUUUAGAUACGGAGUUUAUUCCUGAGCAUUGCAGAUGUAUUGUGAUUUCUGACA